AACCGACUCAACAACUCCCAUCCAUCUCUCUCGGCUCACGAAAGAAGACAUAUAUAUAUAACCGCACAGGAAACAACUCUCCAGAGGCCUCAAAAAUGUCCGACAAAGACUCCAAUAAACUCUCCACAACCUUCUCCGGACCCCUCUCUACCCAUGGGCCCAAGUGGUCUUCACUUUGGGAAGAGAAUUACACCCCCUGGGACCGCGCAGUCCCCUCCAUCGCCCUGCGUGAUCUCCUCGCCUCCCGUCCAGAUCUCGUCCCAUCGGCAUCCCGGCCUAGCUCGUCGUCGUCGUCGCCAUCAUCCUCCACGCAGCGGCCUCCUCGCGCCCUCGUCCCCGGUUGUGGUCGCGGCCAUGACGUCCUCCUCCUCUCCCUGGCCUUCGGCUACGAUGUCGUCGGGCUAGACUACGCCCCCGGAGCCAUCAAGGAGGCCGUUACGAACCAACACGCCGUCGAAGCCGGGCUGCAAGAGGGUGACGAGAAGGUGACGGCCCAUUUUCGCCCUGCCUUUGACCAAGGGGCUGAGGCCGGUCGCGGUAAAGGAGAGGUACGUUGGGUGUCGGGGGAUUUCUUCGACGACGCCUGGCUUGAAGAGUGUGGAGUGGGGAGAGAUGGCCGAUUUGACCUCAUCUUUGACUAUACGUUCCUCUGCGCUCUCCCCCCUUCGGCCCGCCCCAAAUGGGCCGCGCGCAUGGCCUCCCUACUCCACCCUUCCACAGGUCGGCUCGUCUGCCUCGAGUUCCCGUCGGGCAAGCCCCUAUCCGAACCUGGCCCGCCCUGGGGCCUAACUCCGGACAUCUACGUCGCCUUGCUGGCGAGGCCGGGCGAGGAUCUGGUCUUCGAGAAUGGCGAGCAGGUGCGGAUCCCCCCGUUGGACCCCGAGAAGGGGCUGCGUCGAUUAGACCUCAUCAAGCCUGCGAGGACACACAACAACGCCACCAACGAGGACGGGACCGUGAGGGAUUGGAUUCAUGUGUGGGCGCAUGCACGGGCCGUGGCUGACUAGACAGCGCUGUCUCCUUUCGAGUCGCCAUUUGCAGUGUAGCAGCAGAUGUAAAAUCGCUUGUUCUGGAAGUGGUGCUUUUAUGGGCCCCGUACCCCGAGAAAGGGGGAAGGCAGCGGAAAUCGACGUUGGAAGACGAAGGAGGAUUCGUCCCGGGAGACUUUCGAUAUCGACGUAGAAAGAAGGUAGACGCGAGAAAGAAGGGGCAUAUCGUAUUCCGUAUAUAUUGGCCCGUCAAGCCUUCUUGCGAAGCGAGUUGUA